UCUAUCCUUCGAACGAAAUUUCUAAUCGUACGUGGAAGAAGAAGCUAUAGAACAAGAAGAAGAAGAAGAAGAAGAAGAAGAAGAAGAAGAGAAGAUGAGGUGGAUGAGAAGGAGGAGAAGGAGGAUGCAAGGCUUUAGAAGGAUUCCGGUAGCCGGUGGCGUGCCAACAACGCUGGCGUUAAAAUAUGGUAAUCGAGCCGCGGGAUCGGCAUAUCGACGACUUGACAAACGAUGCGACGCCCGAAGCAACGGACCACCAACAGAUCGUACGCCACGAUCAAAGAGGCGUAUCAAGUGUUUGGCGGUGAGAGAACAUAAGAGAAGUUUUGGCGAGGUGGCAACCAUAAGAUGGGGUGAGUCGUCGAGGGACAUGGCAAUGGGACGCGAAAGACGUCUCCGUAAUGACGGGACAUAAAUAACUUGGACAUUUACGUGCGCAUUGAUUUAAGCAAACUAAUGAUUUCACUUUGACCGGU